AAGACACCUCUGUUCUUCUUCCUCCCCAUCAAAAAAUUCCCUCCAUAACCAUCACCACCACCACAUGGCCAAAGUAAGUUGCUGAACAGACCAUCUGCUCGCACAUCUCCAUUGGCAAAUUUGAGGUCCUUGUCGUCGUAAUUGCUAGCUGGCGAUGAGGGCCCGGCAACAUCUGUUCCUCGCUGAGCUCCUCUUGGUAAUAUCAUGGGUGCUGUUAUUCUGUGACGCGGAAAAGUACGAGCCAACCGAGACCAUUCUAGUGGAUUGUGGGUCAGAGAAGGAUGGCCAGGAUGCUCAGGGGAGGAAAUGGGUCAUGGACAAGGACAGCAAGUGGCUCGGCGACGGCGGGAAGUCUUCCAUGAUGGCAGCCGCGGACGCCCAGGACCCAUCGCUCCCGUCGCCCGUGCCGUACAUGUCGGCACGGGUGUUCACCAAGGAAGCCGUGUACACAUUCCCCGUGGCAGACGCCGACCGGCACUGGGUUAGGCUCCAUUUCUACCCGGCAGCUUACCAUGACCUCCCCGCAGAGCAAUUCUUCUUCUCGGUGUCCACCGCCAGCGGCAUCACGCUUCUUCGCAACUUCAGCGUCUACAUCACGGUCAAGGCCCUAAGCCAGGCCUACAUAGUAAGGGAGUUCACGCUCCCACCUUCAACCACCGGCUCCAUUUCGCUGAAAUUCACCCCCACAGCAAUGAACAACGCGUCGUACGCCUUCGUGAACGGCAUCGAGAUUAUCUCGAUGCCGAAUAUCUUUGCCGAGCCGGCUACAUUGGUCGGCCUGGACAGCCAGACCGUGGACUUGGCCGCCGGAAGCCUCCAGACCAUGUACCGGCUCAACGUUGGCGGGGCAUACGUCGCGUCGACCAACGACUCCGGGCUCUCGCGCGAGUGGUUCGACGACACGCCCUACAUCUACGGAGCCGCCACGGGCGUCACCUUCGAGCCCAACGACACGUUCCCGAUCAAGUACCCGAGCCCCGAGGGGGAGUUCGCGGCGCCGGCGGACGUCUACAUCACCAGCCGCUCCAUGGGCCCAGACGGCAGGGUGAACAAGAACAACAACCUCACGUGGGUCUUCGAGGUGGACGCCAACUUCACCUACGUGCUCCGGCUCCACUUCUGCGGGCUCCGUGUCGACAAGGUGAACCAGGUCGUGUUCGACAUCUACAUCAACAACAAGACGGCCCAGGACAACGCCGACAUCAUCGGCUGGUCGUCGGCCAAGGACGUGCCGGUGUUCAAAGACUACGCGGUGUUCAUGCCCGACAUGCCAGGGGACAAGAUCCUGUGGCUCGCGCUGCACCCUGACGUCGACUCCAAGCCGCAGUUCUUCGACGCGAUCCUCAAUGGGCUCGAGAUCUUCAAGAUGAGCGACGGGUCCGGCAACCUGGCCGGGCCGAACCCUGACCCGUCGAAGAUGCUGAUGGAGUCAGAGGUGGAGCAGGGGAAGUUCAGGGCCAAGCCUAGCAACCUCCAGGCCACGCUGAUCGGGGGCGCCGCGGGUGGCGCCGCGGCGUUGGGGAUCGUGGCAGCCAUAUGCUUGGUGGUGUAUCAAACCAAGAAGAACAGGGCGCUCAGCAGCAGCCCGUCGCACUCUUCCGGAUGGCUUCCGGUAUACGGAGGGAACUCGCACACGAACGCGUCUUCGGGAAGCAGGAGCGCGGCGCUCAACCCGAACAUCACGGCCAUGUGCCGGCACUUCUCGUUCCCGGAGAUCAAGUCGGCCACCAAGAACUUCGACGAAGGGUUGGUGAUCGGCGUUGGCGGGUUCGGGAAAGUGUACAAGGGCGUCGUGGACGGGGACACCAAAGUGGCCAUUAAACGGAGCAAUCCCUCGUCCGAGCAAGGCGUGAUGGAGUUCCAGACGGAGAUCGAGAUGCUGUCCAAGCUGAGGCACAAGCACCUGGUGUCGCUCAUCGGGUGCUGCGAGGACGACGGCGAGAUGAUCCUCGUGUACGACUACAUGGCGCACGGCACGCUCCGGGAGCACCUCUACAAGAGCGGCAAGCCGCCGCUGCUGUGGAAGCAGCGUCUGGAGAUCGUCAUCGGCGCCGCCCGAGGGCUCCAUUACCUCCACACGGGAGCCAAGUACACGAUCAUCCAUCGGGACGUCAAGACGACCAACAUCCUGGUGGACGAGAAGUGGGUGGCCAAGGUCUCCGACUUCGGGCUCUCCAAGACCGGCCCCACGGCACAGAACCAGUCACACGUGAGCACCAUGGUGAAGGGAAGCUUCGGGUACCUGGACCCGGAGUACUUCCGGCGGCAGCAGCUGACGGAGAAGUCGGACGUGUACUCCUUCGGCGUGGUGCUCUUCGAGGUGCUCUGCGCGCGGCCAGCAUUGAACCCGAGCUUGCCGAGGGAGCAAGUCAGCCUCGCUGACCACGCAUUGAGCUGCCAGCGUAAAGGGACGCUGCAGGACAUCGUGGACCCGUUGCUCAAGGGGAAAAUCGCGCCGGACUGCAUGAAGAAGUUCGCCGAGACGGCCGAGAAGUGCCUUGCCGACCACGGCGUGGACAGGCCGUCCAUGGGGGACGUGUUGUGGAACCUCGAGUUCGCGCUGCAGAUGCAGGAGACAUUCGAGAACGGCGGGAAGCCGGAAGGCGGCGACAGCGUCGGCAGCAGCAGCAGCGGCAGCACCCCGCCGUCCAUGGCGGACAGCAUGGCCGCCAACGCGGCCGCGCUGUCGCUCAUCUGCGAGGACAUGGACGAGGAGGACAUCGCCAACAGCGUGGUGUUAUCGCAGCUUGUCCGCCCGACCGGCCGAUGAGUCUUGUCCGAUGGGAUGAACUUACGGAUUGGUGGGCAUAUGUACAUCUCAUCAGAUCAGUAUAUGUGUGUACGUGUGUGGCAUUGUCGUUGAUUCUCUGAUAAGUUGUGUGUCCUCAGUGGCUAUGUGUACCAACAGCUCUUAGCAUAAAUUCAUCUCAAAAAGAAAAAAAGACAGCUCUUAGCAUAAA